AUGUCUGCUCGACGAGCACAGCAGAACACAUCAACUGAUAUAGUCUGUGACCACUAUGUAUCAUAUGUUCCUGAACGCUAUGGGCCAGACUCUGUCUUACUGUUUGAUGGAUAUGGCAGUGGAACCUCAAUAAAAUCUGCUGAACAACAGCGACGAGCACAGCAGAACACAUCAACUGAUAUAGUCUGUGACCACUAUGUAUCAUAUGUUCCUGAACGCUAUGGGCCAGACUCUGUCUUACUGUUUGAUGGAUAUGGCAGUGGAACCUCAAUAAAAUCUGCUGAACAACAGCGACGAGCACAGCAGAACACAUCAGCUGAUAUAGUCUGUGACCACUAUGUAUCAUAUGUUCCUGAACGCUAUGGGCCAGACUCUGUCUUACUGUUUGAUGGAUAUGGCAGUGACCACUAUGUAUCAUAUGUUCCUGAACGCUAUGGGCCAGACUCUGUCUUACUGUUUGAUGGAUAUGGCAGUGGAACCUCAAUAAAAUCUGCUGAACAACAGCGACGAGCACAGCAGAACACAUCAACUGAUAUAGUCUGUGACCACUAUGUAUCAUAUGUUCCUGAACGCUAUGGGCCAGACUCUGUCUUACUGUUUGAUGGAUAUGGCAGUGGAACCUCAAUAAAAUCUGCUGAACAACAGCGACGAGCACAGCAGAACACAUCAGCUGAUAUAGUCUGUGACCAUUAUGUAUCAUAUGUUCCUGAACGCUAUGGGCCAGACUCUGUCUUACUGUUUGAUGGAUAUGGCAGUGACCACUAUGUAUCAUAUGUUCUUGAACGCUAUGGGCCAGACUCUGUCUUACUGUUUGAUGGAUAUGGCAGUGACCACUAUGUUCCUGAACGCUAUGGGCCAGACUCUGUCUUACUGUUUGAUGGAUAUGGCAGUGACCACUAUGUAUCAUAUGUUCUUGAACGCUAUGGGCCAGACUCUGUCUUACUGUUUGAUGGAUAUGGCAGUGACCACUAUGUAUCAUAUGUUCCUGAACGCUAUGGGCCAGACUCUGUCUUACUGUUUGAUGGAUAUGGCAGUGACCUCUAUGUAUCAUAUGUUCCUGAACGCUAUGGGCCAGACUCUGUCUUACUGUUUGAUGGAUAUGGCAGUGACCACUAUGUAUCAUAUGUUCUUGAAUGCUAUGGGCCAGACUCUGUCUUACUGUUUGAUGGAUAUGGCAGUGACCACUAUGUAUCAUAUGUUCCUGAACGCUAUGGGCCAGACUCUGUCUUACUGUUUGAUGGAUAUGGCAGUGACCACUAUGUAUCAUAUGUUCUUGAACGCUAUGGGUCAGACUCUGUCUUACUGUUUGAUGGAUAUGGCAGUGACCACUAUGUUCCUGAACGCUAUGGGCCAGACUCUGUCUUACUGUUUGAUGGAUAUGGCAGUGACCACUAUGUAUCAUAUGUUCUUGAACGCUAUGGGCCAGACUCUGUCUUACUGUUUGAUGGAUAUGGCAGUGACCACUAUGUAUCAUAUGUUCCUGAAUGCUAUGGGCCAGACUCUGUCUUACUGUUUGAUGGAUAUGGCAGUGACCACUAUGUAUCAUAUGUUCCUGAACGCUAUGGGCCAGACUCUGUCUUACUGUUUGAUGGAUAUGGCAGUGACCUCUAUGUAUCAUAUGUUCCUGAACGCUAUGGGCCAGACUCUGUCUUACUGUUUGAUGGAUAUGGCAGUGACCACUAUGUAUCAUAUGUUCUUGAACGCUAUGGGCCAGACUCUGUCUUACUGUUUGAUGGAUAUGGCAGUGACCUCUAUGUAUCAUAUGUUCCUGAACGCUAUGGGCCAGACUCUGUCUUACUGUUUGAUGGAUAUGGCAGUGGAACCUCAAUAAAAUCUGCUGAACAACAGCGACGAGCACAGCAGAACACAUCAGCUGAUAUAGCCUGUGACCAUUAUGUAUCGUAUGUUCCUGAACGCUAUGGGCCAGACUCUGUCUUACUGUUUCGUGGAUAUGGCAGUGGAACCUCAGUAAAAUCUGCUGAACAACAGCGACGAGCACAGCAGAACACAUCAGCUGAUGUAGUUUUUGAUUUGGAAAUGACAACCACAACAUCUAAAAAGGAAUUUUGGGAAAUGGCAAAAAUAAAGAUCACUUAA